AUGCCUUACAGAGCAAGGUGUAAUCCUGCUUCUCUCAUACGGCGACAUAAUGCUUCAGUAGCAAUCAGAAGGGUUCCACCGGUGCUAAGACAUGGGUCAGCUCAUGAGGGUAUAAAAAGAGGUGCAGUGAUGCCCAUGCUGAGCUACCGCUACAAUUCGACCUCAUCCCUUUUCUCCCCAUUCACAUCGUUCUUCUCUCGCGCAAAAAGCUUGACACCCACCUCCCCCGAUCAAGCAGCCUCUGAAUUCGUCAAAUCCGUAUCCUCAUCUCAAGUCGAGUCCCUUUAUUCCUCCUACAACAUCAUAGUCUCUUCACCUUCUCCCUCCAGCUACCUGUCAGCUGAAUAUCUACACGAUGCUAUCAAGCUACUAGCUGAAUCGCGGUCAUUGAGGGAUUUAGAACUACUAAGAAGGAUAUAUGAUGAUUUACCGAAUCGCUUUGGAUAUACCAUUACUGCAGAGCAUGAUAAUCUGCUCAUUAAAGCCCUGUGUAAUAACGGAAUUACAGAGGAGGCUCUUUCGUUCGCUCAGUCGAUUAAUCCUGAGGACGUAGAUUGGCGUUUACUCCUUCGAUCAGCUUCGACCGACCAUCCGUUUCUCAUCGACACUGUGGUUCCUUUCCUUCGACAAUAUUCCACACUUGACCAAUCAGACAUAGCCCUCAUCCUCAGAUCGAUAAGGAACACCCACUCUCGUUCAACUGGAUCGCUCACUCGCUCAAAGUUAGAAUCUGUUUUAAAAGAUGUAAGGGAAAAGGGAAUAAUGCUGGAGCCAUCAACCGAAGCCGAAUUGAUGAGAUUGUACAUCUCGUUGGGGGAGUUAGAUAAAGCCAAUGAGAUCGUCUCGAGAUGGAACAUGAAGAAUAUCGUUUCACCCGGGUUAUGGAAUGCUAUUGUGGAAAUGGCUAUUGCACGCGAUGACCUAGACAGGGUGGAAAAUACAAUUGAGAAUAUGGAAGAGAAAGGUAUCAAACCACCUCAGAAAGCUUUGACAUUCCUAUCACUGCGAAAACUCAGAUCGUACAUCUCUUCAACAUCCGUUGUGGCAUUUUCAGAAAUUGUUGGAUCGGUGGAUGGCGCCGAGCGAGUUUGCGGAGUAGAAGCUAAAGCGGACGUAUGGGCGGAGAUCAUCAGAGUGUACUUGUCAGAAGUUAAAUCGCAUGAUAAUCUAGAUGUGGUAUUAGAGGUGUAUUCUGAAAUUUUAUCGAGGGGUAUAGAAAUUUCAGCGGAUUUAGCAAGAAACAUCAUCAUCCCUUUAUCGAAUGUUCGACAUCAUAGCAGAUUAGAUGAUAUGAUUAGGAUAUACGAGGAUUACCUAUCGUCCUCUUUGGCUUUUAAUACAAAAAAGGAGAAAAACAAAUUUCACAAUGUCUAUCAAUACCUCUUAAUGGCAUGUUCGAAAUCUCAACCACCAUCAACUAGGACUGCUCUGAAACUGCUUGAUGAUAUGAAGAUCCACCAUAUAGAAGUAUCGUCAAGCAACAUGAUUUCGUUACUUGUAUUAUUGAUGAAAUCAAGUGAAGAUCAUUAUUCGGCUUUCAAUCUCUAUUCACAUUUCUACGACCUGUCACCUGAAUCGAUAGAUGAAGAAGGAUAUAAAGUGAUUUUAAUCAAUUUCUUAAAUCUAUAUUGGACUCAAUCACCUUUUUGUCCACCCGAAUUGUUUAUUGCGAUUUUGAAGGACAUGAGUAAAAAUGGAUAUCAACCUGAUUCACAUAUAUUAUCAAGUUUGUUAAAACAGUAUGGUCACCAAGCAACCAAAUUACGUAGAAAAUUACGUUCACCUUCAUCCACAAUACCAAUGUCAACAACAUCGACAACAUCGACAUCAAUAUCACCAUUUGAAGAAGAACAUCAACAAGUCAAUAUAGGUGAACAACUUGAUAUCCUCUCUCAAUCAAUAAGGGAUAUACAUACCUUACUCAAACUUGAUCCGUUGAUAAUACCCGACAUACCACUCUUGUCAUCCUUGAUGGACGCCUAUGCAAGGGUAGGAGCAUACAGUGAAUGUUUUGAAGUGUGGGAUGAACUUGUUUCUCGACGAGCUAGAGAACCUCCUCAGAACCUUAGGAGUUUAUAUGCAGCAAGUAUAAAUGUCAUUCUAGAUGCGUGCGGAUGGAGUUAUUCACUAAAGAGGGGAAAGAAAAUUUGGAAUUGGGCAAAGAAAUGGGAUUUAGUUUGGGAGAAGAAACAUUAUGAUUCAUAUGUUGAGUUUUUGUGUAGGAAUUCACAAUUGGCUGAAGCUGGAGAUUUCAUAUUUGAUCAGAUGGUUAGUCCGGAUCCUCAGGCGGAUAAGGAAAGUGUAAGGAUUGUAUUGAAAUUUGCUAGAAGAGAGAGGGAUGCGGGUAGGAGUGAUGUAGAGGAGAUGAAACAGUUUGUGAAGAGGUUGAACGUUGACAAGAAGGAGGUGUAUGAUCAGUUGAAAGAUGAAGGUGAAUUGGACGGAUACUAG